AUGAGUUCGAACGAUUUGGAAGGAGACGAUAUCUGGGGAGAUGGAGGCAACGAAGAAGCCAAAGAAGAGACUAAAGAAGAAGCCCCACAGGAGGAAGACGUCGAAGAUGAUGAAACUAGACACAUGACUGUUGGGGAAUUGAGACAACGCAUGCACUUGAUUCAAAAUGACAUUCGAGUGAUGAAGUCGGAUGUUCAGAGAAUCACGCACGACAGUCGUUCCCAACGAGAGAGAAUUCGUGAGAAUCAAGAAAAGGUCAAGCUGAAUAAGCAACUUCCCUACCUUGUGGCAAACGUUGUUGAGAUUUUGGAGCCUGAUGCGGAAGAUGGCAUGGAAGUAGAAGACAACGAAGCUGGAGGAUCCGCGGAUGCAGAUGCCGAACGCAAGACUCGAUCAGCUGUCGUUCGAACAUCCACCAGACAAACCAUCUUUCUGCCACUUCCUGGUCUGGUCGAUCCUGACGAACUCAAGCCCAGUGACUUGGUCGGCACCAACAAGGACUCUUAUCUCAUUCUAGAAAAGCUCCCUGCUGAAUUUGAUUCGCGGGUACAAGCCAUGGAGGUUGAUGAAAAACCCUCUGAAGAAUACUCGGACAUUGGAGGAGCCGAUCAACAAAUUCAAGAAUUGAUUGAAGCUGUCGUUCUUCCAAUGACCCACAAGGAUAUGUUUGAUGCUAUUGGAAUCCGUCCUCCCAAGGGUGUCUUGCUCCAUGGACCUCCCGGAACUGGAAAGACUCUUUUGGCCAGAGCCUGUGCCAACCAAACUAAUGCCAUUUUCCUCAAGCUUGCUGGACCCCAAUUGGUGCAAAUGUUCAUUGGUGAUGGAGCCAAGCUCAUUCGUGAUGCCUUUGAACUUGCCAAGGCAAAGAUAGAAAAGGGCGUGGCCGCUGGAGCUAUUCUCUUUAUUGACGAAAUUGAUGCCAUUGGUACCAAGCGUUUUGGGGGUGAUCAAUCGGGAGAUCGUGAAGUCCAGCGAACAAUGUUGGAACUCCUGAGUCAAUUGGAUGGUUUCUCAUCCAAUGAGAUGAUCAAGGUCAUUGCUGCCACAAACAGACCCGAUGUUUUGGAUCCUGCGCUAUUGCGAUCAGGUCGACUGGACCGAAAGAUCGAAUUGCCACAUCCCAACGAAGAUGCCCGUGCAAGGAUUAUGAAAAUUCACUCCAAGAAGAUGACUGUCAGCAGUGAAGUUGUCUAUGAAGAAUUGGCUCGAAGUUGUGACGACUUUAAUGGUGCCCAAUUGAAGGCUGUCUGUGUGGAAGCCGGUAUGUUGGCCCUUCGACGGGAGAUGCCUGAAAUUAUGCACGAGGAUUUUGUGGAAGCAAUCACUGUAGUUUCAGCCAAGAAGAAGGGAAGUCUAGAUUACUUUGCUUAA